UUACUAGUUGGGUCAAAGUAAACAAUUUUGUUUGCAAUCAUUAUUUAAUGAAAAUUAAUUAUUAUGGUCUUACUAUAUAAAUUCGUAAAAGCACCAUAUAAUACGUGGCCAUUUAUUAUUUUUAGUAAUUUUCAUAAAUUAUUUAUUUAUUUUUCUCUUUUUCUUAUAAAGUAUUAAGGUGACGAAUAUACUGGUAUAGUAAUUUAUUUUUAAUUUUAAAUUUCAUACAAUAUGAUGCUGUAAGAGUUGUUAAUUAUACAAAAUGACCAGUAGAAAACGAAUAGUAUUGAAGCCAUUGUCUUUGACAACAACUCAACAAAGUAGAGUUCAGAGUAAUGUUCAUGAAACUUCUAAUACACAGAUUCAGAAUUCUUCAUUUAUACAUGGUAACAAUGAGAAAAAAAGGGUACUUCUUAGUCCAGAAUCGUGUCAACCUAAAGUACCUAUUAUUCAAAGAAGCAGAGUACCUGUACCAAUUAUAAAUGGCAAUUUAUCAGAUACAGAUUCAGAUGAUUCUAGUCAUGAAACUAAAGAUAUAAUAGACAGAAAAUUAACAAAACCUUUAAAAAAUAAUAAUUAUUCAUUUUAUGUUAAAGUUGUUAUAUUUUUAUGUUGGUUAUUUAUUCAGUAUUGGAUGAUUGUUGAAGCAGGUUUUGGAGCUGUAUUUUUUGUGUGUUCUGCACUUAUUGCAAUAUAUCUAAAUACAUCUAAUUCUCAUAAAAGAAGAAAUACAUUAAGUGCUUAUUCGGUAUUUAAUCCCCAAUGUAUUUCUAUACAAGGUUCAGCGGAUCCAAAACAAUUAGAAAGAGAGCUUAUGUUUAGUGGAUUAUAAGUGUUAGAAUUAUUGUCAACUGUUACAUUUUGGUCAAUUAUAUUGUGAUUUACUAUUAGUUGUGAUUUAAUUAUAUUGUAAAAUUAUUGUUUUAUAUUAUUAAUUAAAAAUUAUAAAAAAUUUA